CUUUCAGUGAUUCAGCUCGUACGUUUUUAAUAUCUAUUUACCAAGUAUUCCAAUGUGCACUUAAAAUAAAUAACAAAUGACUCAUUAUAGCUAAUUACGCGCUGUUUAUUUUAAAAACAAGUUCUCUAAAAAAAGUAUAGUUGCAAAAUAUUGCUCGAAUCAUCCAUCAACGGAAUCAAAACUUUAGUAAAAGGUCAGCCGGCAGCAGUGAGUCGCAAUUGAUAAAUAAUAGUGACUAAUUCAACGCUUAUCAUAACUGUGGGCCUGCAGAAAUCCGCUAUAAACAUGACCAACGACUGCGGACAAGUUUAAUUGAUGUCCAGCACUCAAACAAGAUGCAUCACGUUAUAUUUGCAUUGUUACCGCUAAUAUUAGUCACAAACUGUGAAGAAACAUCAGUUUAUCCAGAAUAUACCAAAGAAACAAGCACAGAAUCGGGAUUAUUAAGUAUGGACAGUGUUAAUCCAGAUAGUUAUCUAAAUCCGGGUCAAAUUAUCAGACGGUAUGGAUACACAUCUGAAUCCCAUGUGAUAGAAACAGAAGAUGGGUACCUUUUGACAGUACAUCGCAUCCCAAAGUCUAAAAAUGGCACGGUUGGCAAACAACCGGUACUUUUACAACAUGGCCUCCUAGCAACCAGUACUUGCUUCCUGGAUGAAGGAAAUAAAUCACUAGCGUUUAUCCUUUCGGAUUUAGGGUAUGAUGUUUGGUUGGGGAACGCCAGGGGGAACGAAUAUUCCCGGGCACAUGUUACUCUUCUACCAGAAGAUACAAAAUUUUGGAAUUUUAGCUGGCAUGAAAUGGCGAUUUUUGACAUACCAGCUGUAGUUACCUAUAUUUCCGACACAACAAACAGCCCUGGUGAUAUUUUAUACGUGGGACAUUCAAUGGGAACAACAAUGUUCUUUGCUUUCGCUUCUCUGAAGCCACAAAUCGCCGCAAAAGUUAAAGCUAUGGUUGCAUUGGCACCAGUUGCCUUUAUGACACAUUUAACAUCACCAAUUAAAUAUUUAGCACCUUGGGUGAACGACAUAGAUUUUAUAGCGAAGCACUUAGGCAUAAACGAAUUUUUACCAAGCAGUAAAGUGAUGAAACUCAUGGCUUUUGAUUGUUUAAGUAAAUUUACACGGAAAAUAUGCGAAAAUCUUCUAUUUCUCAUCGCAGGAUUUAAUAAAGAUCAAGUGGAUGAGAAAACUUUAGAGGUGGUUUUAGCGCAUAUGCCUUCCGGCACCUCCACCAAAACAGUCCUGCAUUAUUUACAAGAAAUUUCGUCGAAAGGCGAUUUCAGGCAGUAUGACUACGGAACAGAUGGAAAUAUUAUUCAGUAUGGACAACCAACACCACCAGAGUAUAAUCUACAGGAUAUACAAGUUCCUGUGUACUUGAUGUACGCAGAUAGUGACAUGCUAGCCAGUCCUUUAGAUGUUAAACGUCUCUAUACACGUUUAACUCAACGUAUUGGAAUUUAUGAAGUACCACUUCCCAGUUUCAACCAUGUGGACUUCCUGUUUGCUAAAGAUGUCGUCAAAUUGGUUUAUAACAACCUCACAGCAACUUUAAAACAAUAUGCGGUGAAUUCAAGUAGUGGUCAAGGGUUUUUUCGGGACCUACCCAAUAAUUAAUGUGUUUAUCAUUGUGUUGCACGUUUUUUAUUGGGUGAAUUAAUUGAUAAUUACUGUAAUGUUCAUUUUAAUGUUAAUUAUGUGAUGGGUAUCGGAAAAUACAACGGAACUUGUACGUCGGAUGACAAACAAACAUCAACAACA